UCUUUUAUUUAGGCCAACAGUCAAAAGUUGCAAACAUGUACUCAUACUUGCACGCCACUGUAAGUGUAUCUCCUGUGCCAACAAUGUGCGCGCUUGCAAAAAAAAAAAAAAGGAGAACAAAACAACACUUAACCCACGUUAAUUGUCGACUCUCUGAACUAUGACAUGAUCCCCUGCCACUCCUCACUGCUCACCGCUCACAGCUCACUCCUUCACAUCGAAAGUGUCCCAUGUCAAUGGCUGGCUGCCAUUAGAAAAAGAGGAAGCCACGGGGCGCUCAAGAUGCGGGCGUUACUAAAUUCCAUUUGAGUACUUAUAGUUUGGUCUUCCACGGACGGAAUAGGUCCUGUACACUGGCAGAAAGUUCCUGGCCAACUUGCCACUGCACUGAAACUUAAAUUAACAGUGCAAGCUCUUAGUCAACGAAACUGUUGUGCAUGCAAAGUGGUUGGAAAAUGCUAGGCAUCUUUUGAAAUGUCUCUUAAUAAUUCAUAAUCUGUUCCUUGUUAGCAAUUUUCAUGGAUCAACGACUUUAUCUGAGCUUUGCAGCUUACUUCUGACCCUUCGAUCCUUUUCCUCGGAAGAGCAGCUCACUUGGAGCAGAUUCUGUUUGGGGUGGCAUAAGGUUGGCUUCGGGUUCGCUUUUCCGGGCAGCAGUUGCUCGACUUCCCAGCGAAAAGUGAGAAGUGAGAACCGAGAGGCGAGAGGCCGGAAAACGAUGACAAUAUGUGAUGGGAUCGACGCGCUGCUUGGCAACACAUUGAAAUGCAUUCGAGUCGACGUAACACGGCUCAAUUAGUGCGGUUCAGCGACUGCCAAUGCAGCUUCUCCUGUCAUCGUGUCCUCCACUGCUCCGCAUCCGCAUCCACAUCCACAUCCUCGUCCUCGUCGUGCCCCGAGUCCUUGCGAUUCCAUUGCUCCAGCCAUUGUCCGCCUGCUCGCCUGGCUUUAUGUCAACUUCUUGCACGCUUAUUCACACCUGAACACAAAACCGCACCGCGGGAUUUUGCUGCCUGAGGAGUCACGAAUGCGCCGCCAGCUUCCCAGUUUUCCACGCCGCAUUUUCACAUUUCCACAUUUUCAAAUUGGCGGGCAGCGAGGCGUCGCUCAUUACGUGAAAAGCUGCUGCUGGCAAGGAUCCGCCCACAUUCCAUUAAUUAGUACUACUUAAUGUGGUCUGCUUCGCCGCCUUUUGGCUUGAAAAAGGGUGGUCAAAACCUGGUAUCGCAUUAAGGAUAUAAAACCAGAGAGAGAACGUCUUUGUCUCUCGAAAGUAUUUUUUAAAUUUCUUCUGUGUAUCUACUGUCAAAACAAGAAAAUAAGGUCCAUAACUUUGAUCAUCUCGAAAAUCGAUUGCUUAAAUAAAUAAAAAUGUGUCUUUCAAACGAACCGCGGGAGCCGAUGCAUUUUGAAAGCGCGCGUAGCCGUCGGAUGUUCAUCACCAAGGUUUUAAUGAUAGUGGCCAUUAACUUGCUCAUAACUAUGCUGAUUAUGACAGCUGUUAUCUUCAAUGAGGGGGCGAGGCAGUUCUUUAAGAAGUACUGGUACAUCGGGAUAAUCGGAGCAGGUGUUAUACUUUUGAUUUCCAUUAUAAUGUGCCUCUGCCAUCCCGUGUUCCGAAUCUUCCCAUGCAAUUACAUCCUAUUGCUCAUCUAUGUGUUGGCCCAUGCCGCAAUGGUGUGCUGUGCUGCGGUUCGAUAUCAUCCAAAACUGGUUUUUAUAGCCGUGGGCAGUUGUGCCGGCAUUAUGGUGUUCCUGUGUCUGUUCGCCAGAUUUGCUCCUUGCGAUUUCAGCGGAUGCGGGAUCUUUGCAUUCGUGAUUUCUCUAGUAGUUUUGUUCCUGGGAAUAGUGGCCAUUUUCUAUCCAAGCGUACGCAUAGUGUAUGUUGCGCUUGGAGUGCUAAUGUUCUGCCUGUAUAUGGUGAUUGAUAUUCAAAUGAUAAUUGGCGGCAAAACCCACGAAAACCAGUUCAAAGAGGAGGAUUACAUAAUCGCAGCCAUGGCACUAUACACCGACAUUAUAUUCCUCUUUUUAUAUUUACUGGACCUAAUUGGGUUGAUAGGUGAUGACUAA